AUGGAUUUAGAAAACAUACCUCAAAGCCAAAAGGUGGCUUUAUUGGAAAAAGAAAAUGUCAUUAAAGAACCAACAAUAAACGGAUUUGUACUAGAAACUAAUGAAAACGAGUCAUUUGAUUUAGAUAAAUGUAUUGAAAAACUUCUUUCAUGCAAGCCUUUAUCAUCAAAUAACAUUAAACAAUUAUGUUCAAAACUCAAAGAAAUCCUGAUUAAUGAAUCAAAUGUACAAAAGGUGAGAUGCCCAGUAACUAUUGCAGGAGAUAUACAUGGACAGUUCUUUGACUUAUUGGAAUUAUUUAGAAUUGGAGGGAUGCCUCCUGAUGUUAAUUAUCUGUUUCUUGGAGAUUAUGUUGAUAGAGGAUAUCAUAGUAUUGAAUGUAUAUGUUUGAUUAUGGCACUUAAAAUUAGAUAUAAAGAUAAAGUAACUAUAUUGAGAGGCAAUCAUGAAUGUAGACAUAUUUCCCAAAUAUAUGGAUUUUAUGAUGAAUGUUUAAGAAAAUAUGGUAAUGCAUCAAUAUGGCACGAACUAACUGAUAUGUUUGACUACCUACCUCUUGGUGCUUUGGUUGAGCACCACAUGUUCUGUGAUCAUGGUGGACUUUCUCCUGGUGCUUUAACAAUUGAUGAAAUUGAUUCUAUUAAUAGAUUUCAAGAAAUCCCACAUGAAGGUCCAAUGUGUGAUUUACUUUGGUCAGAUCCUGAUGAGAAGGCUGGAUGGUCAGCAUCUCCAAGAGGAGCAGGAUUUAUUUUUGGUCCAGAUGUUAGUCAAAGAUUUAUUCACACCAAUGGACUUUCCACUAUAUGUAGAGCUCACCAACUUAUUAUGGAUGGAUAUACUUGGUCGCAUGAUGAUAAUGUGGUCACUGUUUUUAGUGCUCCAAAUUACUGUUAUAGAUGUGGAAACCAAGCAGCAUUAAUGGAAUUGGAUGAAAAUGAAAACAAACAGUUUCUUACUUUCGACACUGCUCCUAGAAGGGGCGAAUUUUCAAAAAACAUGAUGUCAUUGGUACCUCAGUAUUUUACUUAA